AUGGCUAGAAGGAAUGGAAAUCAUAUUUUUCAAAUCACAGAUGAAGCAAACAAGCUGCAUGAGGAGGAGGAUCAAAUUGAGAAGGUUUUCACAAGUUUCUUUAAGAAGAAAUGGAAGCAUAGGGAGUGUGAGAUUUCGGUGUUUCAGCAAGGGAACAACAAGGCUCCAGGUUUGGAUGGCAUCAAUUCCUCCUUCUACAAGAGUUAUUGGAACAUUUUCAAACUCUCAAAGAACAAGAAGGGGUUGAUGGCUGUAAAGCUUGAUAUGGAUCAAGCAUAUGAUAGCAUGGGAUGGACAACUCUUCGGCAUAUUUUAAGAUGGUAUGGUUUUCCUACCAUUUUCUCUAAUCUUCUCUUGGAAUGUGUUGUAUAUGUGAGAUUUUUUGUUAUUAUCAAUGGGAAGAAUUCUGAAUGGAUUAAUGCCCAGAGUGGAUUCCGUCAGGGAUGUCCACUUUCACCAUACUUAUUCAUCAUGUGUUUUCAAUUGAUUUCAAAUUCACUAGAGCUAAGGGGGAAGAGUAUUCGCAUUCAAAUUUCAAGUAGAGGACCGAAGAUCACGCAUUUGCUUUAUGCAGAUGACACUCUCACUUUUUCUCAUGCAUCUGUUGAUCUUGCUAUAGUUAUGAAGACCAUUAUGGAGAAGUUCUGUAUGUGGACUGGGCAAAAAAUUAAUGUUAGUAAAUCUCAGCUGUUGUUCGGCAAGGUGGUCAGUUAUCAUAUGAAGAAGAGGAUUGGCAGGGUUCUUGGCUUCAGAAUAGUGAAGGAAAUGAAGUACUUGGGAGUGAAAAUAUCACUAGAUAGAAUUAAGAUGGCUGAUUACCAAGAGAUUUUAGCAAUGCCAUGGAUAGACUUAAUGCUUGGAUCUUUGGUACCUAAGAUGUUAAUACAUGAGCUGGAAAAAUUGUGUAGAAGCUUUAUUUGGAAUAAUAGUGAUGGAACUAAGGGGAUGCACUAUAUUUCUUGGAGUAAUAUUUGCAAACCAAGGUGUUUGGGAAGAUUGGGCUUGCUUUCUCCUCUACAUAGAAUUAGAUCUUUAAGAUCCAAAGUGACAUGGAAUUAUAUUCAGAAGCCUUAUUCUUUGCUUCACCGUGUUAUGAAAAAUAACUAUGGGGAUAAUGUGAUGAAUGGAGCUCAAAGGAACAUCAAUUCAAAUGCUUGGAAAAUUCUGUUGGAUGGUGGGAGUAAGCUGAAGAUGGAGGUUCGUUGGAAGGUGGGUAGUGGAGAUACAAUCAGUAUUUUAAAUGACACAUGGCUUCUUGAUAGGUGUAUUAAUCGCUGGCUGACUUUUGCUGAUUACAAUUUCCUGGAUGAUAAUGCUCUUUGUGUUAGAGGAUGCCAUGUUAAUGAAACUUAUGAGCACAUUAUGGACCUAAAGAAGAUGUCUACCAAGAAUUCUGGGAUUGUUCGGAUGUAUUGCUCUAUUAUGUAUUAUUCUUGGAAGAACCGGAAUGAUAUCAAGAAUGUCUCCAAAUCUGGUCCAUUUCACUCUAGCUGGGGUACUAAUCUCCUUAGGGAGUCUCAAAGAACUUGGUACCUUCCACCGAAAGAAUGGAUUAAGGUUAAUGUAGACGAUUCUUUGACAAGCUCUAAUCUGGCUUGCAUUGGAGGAGUUUUCCGUGACAACAAAGGAUGGUUUAUUAGUGCCUUUGGAAAGAAUGGAAAUCAUUGGGAUAUUGGUCAUCUUGAGCUACAAGCAGUCCUCACGAAUCCAACAUAG